UGCAUCACUCGUUGUUGUUUUGUUUUUCUCAGCUGGUUGAAUUAAAAACUAUCUAUUGAUUUGCGAAAAAUUGUAUGAUGAUACAUUUAACUGGACAUAAUUAUAAUGCUCGUGAAACGAUACAAAAUAUAUUUUCACCAUUGGUUGGUGUAAUUACAAGUUCUUUAGCUGAUGAUGUUUGCUACAAAAAUAAUUUAUCAUUUGUUGAAUUAUUACAACCAUUUACUAAACUGCCCAACGAUGCACAUUUUCGUGACGUUUCCGGAACAAGUGUUUCGAUACGUGGAUUGCGUCUUAACGUAUGUGACGUCAACUGGCGGCCACCUCAAACAGUUUUAGCACGUAAAAUGCUGAAUGAGGCUGUGACAAAUGCACAUAAUGACAAAACUAAAUUUGUUAGCCUAGGAUCAUUGGAUGUGGAAAUACCAACAUCUGAACCUUGGUUUGAACAUUGGCGGGAGAGUUUUCUAACAGUACAAUUUCCAGCUGACCACGAAUUCACACGGCAUUUUCUUAGUUGCUUAAUUGUUUUGUCGAGUGCUGACCCCAGUAUUGUUGACACGGCACAUAAACUAACACAACGUGCGCAACAAAUGCAGAAUGUUACACCACAAAAACUUCCAAAGUGGUUUCAUCCAAAUGAUGUACUUAAUAGUUAUGUGGUUUUACAUGAAGGCGGUGCCAAAGGCGAUUUAUCUAAAGCACAACAAAGUUAUGAACUAUUGAAAUCUACUUUCGGUGAUAACAAAUGUUUUCUAAUACAAAUAAACUCAUUGGAUGGCUCGGGAACAAGUGAAGUACCUGAUUAUUGGGCAACUUAUUUAAAGCGUCAUCCAAAGAUUGAUGCACAGUCAGAGCAAUUUAGUGCGUCGAAAACUCCACAAGACUCCGUUUCUGCGAUAUCAAUGCCUACUAUGCAAAUGUCUGCACUAGCUGAAGCUGCUGCUGAAAUUGAGCAGUCAAUUGUCCAUCCACUAAGUCCUAUACAGGAACAUGCAACAGAAGCGAUUAACUCAAAAUUUUCUACUAGUAGCGAAAGUAUUGCCUCACAAAAUAUUAACCCAAACGUUUGGGGUACUGAUUUGGAUAAUGACGCACCUCGUGGUUGUAGUCUUAAUUCUAUGGAUGUAGAAAAUUUGCGUCAUUUUAUACAAGACUAUGCUGUACGUGCACUAAUACCUUAUAUAGAACAUUUAGUUGCUUUAUUAUCCGAAGCGAUAACAAAUAAGAAAGGUGUUAGCAAAUCAUUGUUUAGCGCUACUAAAAGGUGGUUUGUUACCAGCAAACCAGGAGCUAGUACUAGUAAUCAAAAUGCUGUUAUUUAUACUAGCGAAUCUUCUGAAUUACAAACACGAAAGUUAGGUGAUCUUUACUUUAUGUUUGGUCAUUAUAGCUUAGCUUUUCAGGCAUAUCAUCAAGCUAAACGAGAUUUUAAUGCUGACUCAGCAUGGCAGUAUUAUGCGGGCGCUUUAGAAAUGGCAGCAGUUUCAGCCUUUAUGUUAGGAACUGCAAAUCGGAAAACAUAUGAUUAUAUGGAAGAUGCAAUAGUUUGUUAUCUUACUGUUUGCAAGUUACAACAAUUUGCUACACGUGCUACACUCCUCAGCAUGGAGUGCUUAAAAACUGCACGCUUAUAUGGAGAGGCAGCAAAACAACUUGUUCGAAUGACUACGGAGGAAUCUGACUUACGUUCAGCUUUACUUCUUGAACAAGCAGCGUACUGUUUUUUAUCCUCAAAUCCUAUGAUGUAUAGAAAAUAUGCAUUCCAUAUAGUGCUGUCGGGGAAUCGCUAUUCACGUGUAGGACAACGUAAGCAUGCAUAUCGCUGUUAUAAGCAGGCUUACCAAGUUUUUCAAGAUCGUGGUUGGAGCUUAGCAGAGGAUCACAUACAAUACACAAUGGGGAAGCAAGCAUAUAUACUGAAAAAGCUUGAAGAGGCUAGUCGCUCUCAAGCGCAUCUUUUACGUCCUGGCAGUUUGCAAAAUGCUUUACAGCAAACAAACUUUCUUAAAGAAUACAUACAAACACAAAAUGAGUUUAUUAAACGUAGUCCCAAUUAUGGUUUGCUACCUCAUGCCGUACCUCAAGUACUACAGGAUUCUAUUAGAGUUCUUACUUCAGCAUAUUUGCCUGCUACUAAUUCCAAUUUCGAAGCUGCAAAUAAUAUUGACAUAAAGUCGGAUCUAUCUGAUGAAAGUAUUUGGCAUAAAUUAGAAGAAAUGGCUUUUAACACAGCCUUUUUGAAUAAGCCUUUAGUAUUUAAGCCGACUCGUUACUUAUUUACAAAAGAUUGUCCUACUACCGAGCCACCUUUGGCUGUGCAAGGCGAGCCAAUUGAGCUAGCUGUUACGUUGACGAAUGCUGUUAAAUGUAGUAUAAGCAUGACUGAAAUUGAUCUGCUGUGGAAAUUGAAACUAGAUAAUGAUGAGCAACUUUCGAAUGAGUGCCUAUAUGAGAGUCCCAAUGAAAGUUCAAAUAAAACUGCCGUAACAGCUGCACUUAAAACAAGUUGCAGCCAAUCGCUUACAUUGGAAGAACGAGCGGAAAAGACACUAUUUUUUAAGUUAACACCGAAAUUACACGGUCAAUUAAAUAUUAUCGGGAUUGUUUGUCAAGUUGCGAACACAUCUGAGUCGAACGUAAAACUGAUGGGCUCCUUGCAAUUCGAAACUCAACGUAUUAAAGCUAUUGGAAAACAAACAAAUCAAACUUUGUAUGACAGCAAGCUUUCCAUUAAAAUAUUACCACCACAACCAUCACUGCAUGUCAGUUUCUUAUCGUUACCGAAAGAUAUUAUUGUUGGAGAAGUGUUACCUGUGCAGAUUUCAUUGCGUAAUUUAGGCAUAACACCAAUAACAGAUGUAUUUGUUGGUUGUGAUAAUCCACGCUGGUUAACAUUAAUGGAUAAAAAUGAAGACAUUCCGUUAUCGAUUUUACGCUCUGUAAGAGAUCUUUCAAAUGAAAAAUUAGUUAAAGAUAAAGAAAUUCGUCGUCAACAUGUUUUUCGUAUGCUAAAACCAACUGACGGAGUAGCUUUGAAAGCACAGGAGUCGACUAUUAUACCUAUGCGAAUACAAGCUCCUUUUGAAAAAGGAGAAUUUACAUUACGUUUACUUUUCUACUACGGACUUUCCACUUCAACAACCGGGGGUAUGAAGUACCGAAUUGUGCGACAUACCUGGAAAUUUAAUGUUCAUGAGUGCUUGCGUACAGAUAUUGCUUGUGUUGUUGCUAAUAAUGUAAGUGGUGAGUUAGGUUUGAAUGUGAAUGUUAAAAACGAAAACGAAAUGCAUCAUCCAGUAAUGGCAGAGGUAUACAUCGAUUCGUUGGCAUUGUACUGCGAGAACUUUAUGCUUAAUCCAGAGAAAUUUUACGUAACAAACAAUUUGGAACUUAGCGUUGGUCAGCUAGGAGAUCACUGCUUGAAAUCAUCAAAAUCAGCUAGUUUUCAGUGUCGGUUACUAAAAUCAUGUGUUAAUGGCCAAGAAGAUAAAUCCUUUUCAGAAUUGCUUAAGAGUAGAUUUUCCGAAAUUAAUGUGAUGCCAGUUAAAAAUUAUAAAGAAGGCAAUCACUUACCACUUCUUUAUGAUACUAAUAGUUUUCUCGUCAAACAAGAAACUGUGUUCUUUAAUUCAAAUAUCAGCACAGAGGAUUUUAACGCACUAACAACUAGACAAGAUUCCCACAGUACUGUUGCAAUUAACUGGACAGCAAGUAUUGUACACAAUUCUCAGCAAAGAAUAGCACAUGGAACACAUUUUGUUACGUUGCGUUAUUUACACGAAUAUGAAUCGUGCCCAAGUUUAAGUCAGAUACCUUACAGGAAACAGGAACACACCACACGUUUAAUAGACUUCUACAAUCAAUUUAAACCGGAAAACGAAAUCGAGAUUGCUGAAAUAGAUGAAGAUUACUGGGAAGAGAACGAUAAUUUUGUUGGCAGUCGUUGCUUAUUAGAAGACGAAAAUUUUCUUUUAACAGUUAAGGCAUAAAUAAAUGAAAUACUAUAAAUG